GAAUGCACACAACUCUUCCGUUUCCAACAAGUUUGCUAAUGACGGCAGCUUCUUGCAGCAGUUUCUGAAGUUGCAGAAGGCACAGACCAGCACAGAUGCCCCACCUAGCACACCCAGUGCCCCCACUCGAGUACUCCCCCGCCCCGGGAAGAGGCCCCCUCUCAUCAGCAGCCCACCAGGCCAGAUGAAGAACUAUGUGCAUGCCAAGCAGCUACCCGUGGCCAGCCGCCCAAGUGUCUUCCAGUCUCCUGAUGAGGAUGAGGAGGAAGACUACGAGCAGUGGCUGGAGAUCAAAGUUUCACCCCCAGAGGGAGCCGAGACUCGGAAAGUGAUAGAGAAAUUGGCCCGCUUUGUGGCAGAAGGAGGCCCCGAGUUAGAAAAAGUAGCUAUGGAGAACUACAAGGAUAACCCGGCGUUCUCGUUUUUGCAUGAUAAGAAUAGCAGGGAAUUCCUCUACUACAGAAAGAAGGUGGCUGAGAUAAGAAAGGAGGCACAGAAGUUGCAGGCAUCCUCUCAGAAAGUUUCACCCCCAGAGGACGAAGAGGCCAAGAACCUUGCAGAAAAGUUGGCCAGGUUCAUAGCGGACGGGGGUCCAGAAGUGGAAACCAUCGCUCUUCAGAACAACCGCGAGAACCAGGCAUUCAGGUAAGAGGGGAACUAAACGGGGAGAUGACCCCACACACACCCUAAUUGCAGCACCACCACCCCCUGCCCCCAGUGGGCUCAACAUAUCAGAGUCCCACAAUCAGAAUGUGGCAGGGUUGGGCCCAGGAGCUCUGACCCCCAAGCCCAGCUCUGCCACCCCAUGGGCAACAGGCAUGCGG